AACCCCCAACUCUCUCCCUCUCCUUGUGCAGUACAAGUAUACGACAAAUUAUUUCCUCCCCCGGUCAUUCACCUCUGUAUAUAGAUAUGUAGAUUAAGAGAUGGAAGGGAGAAAGCUCUGUCUCCAGUUUUCCCGGGUGGAUUCGUAUUCACCAUCUCUUUCACUACCCAGUACCCAUGUUUCGCUUUCUCCUCUUUCUUUCCCUCUUCCUUUCUUCUCUCCUCCUCGCCGCUGCACACGGUGGUGGCCACGACGAUGAGGAUGCUGAUGCUGCUGGUGGUGAUUUUCAUGUCAAUCUGAGGGAGAAGUCCUUAAUCUUGGUGAAAAUAUGGUGCUUGAUUUUGGUGUUUGUUGGGACUUUUGUUGCCGGGGUCUCACCCUACUUCAUGAAGUGGGACGAGGUGUUCUUGGUGCUGGGAACUCAGUUCGCCGGAGGGGUGUUCUUGGGGACUGCUUUGAUGCAUUUUUUGAGCGAUGCAAAUGAGACCUUCGAGGAAUUGACUAAGAAACAGUACCCUUUUGCUUUCAUGUUGGCCAGUGCUGGUUAUUUGAUGACUAUGCUUGCUGAUUGUGUUAUUUCUUAUGUGUACGGCAAGAAAACCGGUGAGGCCAAUGGAGAUUUGGAGCGUCAAGACACCAUUGAGCAUGGAAAAACAAGCCACCAUGGAACUUCACAGCCCCAUUUUCAGAUGCACAAUGGUUCUGAUGCUGCCUCUGCAAAAUCUUCACUUGCAUCUGUCAGCUCAUUUGGGGAUAGUGUUUUGCUUAUAGUUGCCUUGUGUUUCCACUCUAUCUUCGAGGGCAUUGCGAUCGGAGUUGCAGAGACGAAAGCUGAUGCUUGGAAAGCUUUAUGGACUAUCUGUCUGCACAAAAUAUUUGCAGCUAUUGCAAUGGGAAUAGCUCUUCUUCGGAUGAUCCCUGAUCGUCCCUUCCUAUCAUGUGUCGCUUACGCCUUUGCAUUUGCCAUUUCAAGUCCAGUCGGUGUGGCUAUUGGGAUAGUUAUAGAUGCAACAACUCAAGGUCCAGUGGCAGACUGGAUAUAUGCCAUAUCAAUGGGACUAGCAUGUGGAGUAUUCAUCUAUGUAGCAAUAAAUCAUCUUCUAGCCAAGGGCUACAGGCCCCAGCAGGCGGCUUCAGUUGACACACCCCAUCACAAGUUCUUGGCAGUGUUGUUGGGCGUUGCAGUAAUUGCUGUCGUGAUGAUAUGGGAUACCUGAGGAAAUCAGAGAGGUUGGUAGCUUGGUUUCUGUGUUGGAGGCUUAGCUUCAUAGCAAGUAAAAUCAUAGGGUUGUUUCAAGACGUAUAGCUUAAAGAAUUGCAUUUUCAAGAUUGUCAGGGCAGGCUUUAUUAGUAUACUGGUAAGAAAUGAUAGCUUUUUUUAUCAUGUAGCACAUCUCAGGUCUCUGUAAGAAUGCAAAAGGUUAAAGAUUCUGGUCCAAUGAUUGUAAGAUUGCAUAUAAAAACUUUAAUUCAGCCAGAUAAUUCAUCAUGC